GCAGGCUCAGACCAGUGCGCAAGGGCCCGGUGCUGCUGUGGUGUCCGGAUUGAGGGAGGGUUGCUUUGAGGAUGUGGCUAGGCAGCCGUGUGGGGUCCUGAGGCAGGGUGUGUUCGGGGCAGCGGGCUUGGGCGGCGGCGCGAGCGCGGGACGGGACCGGGCGCGAGCGCAGCCGUUAGCGGCGGGGCGGGGCGAUGGCACCGCGCAUGCUCUGAAGCACCCCCUGCGCACAGACUCGGCGCUCCCGGUACCGGGGCUGAAGAGAGCGGAUUAGCUGCAAAGGGAACCAGGAAAUGACGGAAUACAAACUUGUUGUGGUUGGAGCUGGUGGUGUGGGAAAGAGUGCCUUAACUAUCCAAUUGAUUCAGAACCACUUUGUGGAUGAAUAUGAUCCAACGAUAGAGGACUCCUAUAGGAAACAGGUAGUGAUUGAUGGUGAAACAUGUUUGUUAGACAUUCUGGACACAGCAGGUCAAGAAGAGUACAGUGCUAUGAGGGAUCAGUACAUGAGGACAGGCGAAGGGUUCCUCUGUGUCUUUGCCAUAAACAAUCAUAAAUCAUUUGCAGAUGUUCACUUGUACAGAGAGCAAAUUAAAAGAGUAAAGGAUUCUGAAGAUGUCCCCAUGGUCUUGGUGGGGAACAAAUGCGACUUACCUUCUCGAACUGUGGACACAAAACAAGCACAGGAACUGGCUAGGAGUUACGGGAUACCUUUCAUAGAAACCUCAGCAAAAACAAGACAGGGAGUUGAAGAUGCAUUUUACACACUGGUACGAGAGAUUCGGCAGUACAGAAUGAUAAAACUCAACAGUCAAGAUGACAGAAACCAAGGUUGCUUGGGGUUAAAAUGCAUCAUUAUGUAAUUAGGUUAUUGGAUGCCUUCUACGUGAUCUGUAAAAUAUACAAACCUGAGCAAAAAUGAAAAAAAAGACCAAAAUUCUUUGGUGUGAAAUUGCUGACCCCACCUGACCCUUUUUUUAUAUAUAUAUAUAAAAAAAAACCUGUUGUGAUGUACAAUAGGUUUACUAGGUACAGGUGCACUAUUUGCUCAAUCUCUUUCUGUGCAUUACACUAAACGUACCGGAUUUAAUUUUUUAUAGUACACUAACAAAGUCAUGUUGCAGGUUUGUUAUCAGACUGUGGUACAUACUAGUCUGAUCGCAAACUGAUUUUUUUUUAAUAUAAAGUGCCUGUUUACUGUAACAAAUAUUUUAGCUGUUUUGAACCCUUGUACUUACUAGGACUGCCUACUUUUGUCAAACAGAUUUCAGAUGUAUAAACAAAUUUUCUUUCAUUCUGUUUGUUUGACUUGGAAAUUUAGAAUAUCAUCAAUAUGUUGAGAUCUGCAUUGACAAUUUAUUAGGAUAGUUCAUGUGGGCAUGAACACCAAGUAUUAAAAGGGACACUCAGGCUAAUUAUUUCAGCUGUGAUACCAGCAAAUGCAAUCCUGUUAAAUUGUAGCCACAAUUACCUACUAUAGCAGAUCAAUGGAUGUGACCAUUUUAAACCGUGCAAGAAAGUCACAAAGUGGUUGUACCACACUUGGUAUGAAGGGUGUAUUCUUUAUAUUUAUUGCCUCCCUUGCUAAAUUACUGUAGCCCAGAAGAAGAAUAGGUUGGGUGUCCACAACCCUUAUUUAGGAAUUGGAUACAGUGUUUCUGCAGAAUUUGCUUUCUUGUUAACUUCUUUGCUGUGUCUGUGCUUAAUCAUAGAAUGCCUUGCCUGUUGGGCAAAUAACAGUAUACUGGCAUCCAUUUAAAAUUGAAAGCUGAGCAGUGCCCCAAUCAAUACAACAUGGUUCUUAAGUUAUUUUGCUUUGAAAGUUUAAAAAAAAAUUGGAUUAUUUUCCUUUUGGAAUACUUUUAUGACUGCGGUAAUCUUGACCUGUCCUCGAUUCAAAUCAGUUUUGUUGCAAAGGAUCAAACAUUUUUAGUUUUAACACUUUCACUGCAAGGUACAAGGCUGAAGUUGUUUAUGGGCAUUAAUAGGCAAGGAAGGGAGGGACAUAUUGGCUUCAUUUUCUCUCUUGUCUUUUUGUAUUGGGGAAUGUUCAUCAAUUCUUUCAGCACAGUUGUUUCUUACCAAGAAAAGCAGCAUUAUCCACAUAGAGACUGUUCUGGGGAUGUGGUUUAAUGACAAUUGUAUGGUGACUGGAAACCUAAAACAAAUUUGUUAGAAACACUAGCCAGUCACUAUGUGUUUGUAGAAGCAGUAAGGUAACUUUUUUUUAGAGUAAUUCAAUCCUUGGGUUUCUCUCUUUUUGUGUGUGGGGGGAGGGGGGAAUCCUUAAAACUGUUUCUAAAACUAAUAACCUAUGAACAUGUUUUAGAUCUAAGCUUUUCCUAAAUUCUGCUUUGUGGCCAUAAAAGUAAGACUUAAAAUACUUAUUCGUUGGGAACACUGUUUAAUUGAAAACCAUCUUUAGUACUUGGGAGCAUUUUUCAGAAAUUUCAAUGUAAUUUGGGUAGAUGGUAUAAUCGAAUGUCACAUUACUAAUUCAAAAACUGAAUAAUUCUGUAAUAGUUCCAUGAAUGAGUGAUGUUUGAUUCAGGAAGAGAUUGUUAACAAACUGAAAUGAUGUGCAAUACCAAAUAGAAGAGAUGCACACUUUCUGAUAUCCUGUGGCAUACUGUUCUGCCAUACUCAGCUGUGCACAAGCAUUGCAGGUUUUUCACAGUUUCCACCUUAAUAACAUUUUCCUUUUAGGUCAAAUUUAAUGUUCAUGACAUGGUGAUCUUUAGUUUAUAGUAGGUAUUGCUUUGUUUUGUAGGCUGGUGUCUAUUGCCUGCAAAUGUUGGCUUACCAUGGCCUCUAGGUCAACAAAGCCUAUAGCGUUUAUUGUUCAGCUUUGACAAGCUCCAGAAAUUGGAGAGCUUGUGGCCUGUAGAGGCACCUGUACCUGGUAGGAAUGGAACAGAAGUAGGCCAUUCAACUUCUCAAAUUUGUUCUGCUAUUCAGUUAUUUUAGGAUAAAUAAUGGCAAAUUAAACUUGUCUUUCAAGGUGACAUUCUAAUAACCACUGUGUUAGCCUUUCAUCUGAAAAAGACUUAAUCAGAUUUUGCAUUGAACAUGAUUGCCUGAUCACAUUUUGAGCUCAGACAAUCUUUUUUUAAUUAUAAUACCCUGAGUCUUAAUAUAGGCUUAAAAAGAUAAUGUUUGAUUUACUAGCAGUCCUAGCUGUUUUUUGUGUACUUUCUAGUUUUAGGUUGAUUUAUUUUCCAUCCAUUUACACUUCAGAAGUGACACCUCAUCCAGAUACAUGUAGAUGGUAUUUAUUUGAUCUCCAGUCUCCUCCUUUGCCACAAGCUACACCCUGUUCCAGAAUAUUCAGUAACUUAGUGGAUUGUUACACACAUUUAUCACUGUGGUCUUUGUUGAACAGACUGGGGCAGAUGGUUUUCAUGUAUUUAUUCUGUGUAAUCAUACGGGUGAUAAGUUGAAAAUACCAGUUUCAUGUUAAAGUUUGGAACUGGAAUCAUUGACCACUAGAUUUGUAGCUGAUGUCAAAAUCAUUGUAUUAUUGAUUGACUGACGCAAUUGUAUACCCAUUAUGGGAAAGAACAUAAACAGGAGUAGACAGUUCACCUUGCCAAUCAAAUGGUUAUUCUGAGAGCUAAUUCCAUAGAUCCACCAAUGCCCCAGAGCCCUCAUUAACUUGUUUUUCAAAAAUGUGGCUAAUUUUUAUUAAGCUCAUUGGAUAAGAAGUUGAAGGCUAGUUUUUCUUCUCUAUUAUUACUCCCAACUGAUGUCACUGGUAGACUAAUUUGACUUAUUAGCAGAAUCAAAGCACCAAAAUAUUGAAAGGACCUGUAUGAUCUGCUCAGAACCUCCCACACAAAUACAAAAUUUCUAAAAUAAAAGCAGAAAAUGCUGGAAACACUCAGGAGGUCAGGCAGCAUCUGUAGAAAGAGAACCAGACUUGAUAUUUCAGGUUAAAGGUCCUUUAUCAGAAUAAACCAGUACAAAUGUUCUAUGUUCUAUAAAAUGCUGCAUGUGAUGUAGCCCUUUGCCUGGAAGCUAGUGAAUCAGACAUUAGUUUUUUAAACUGCAUAGGUUUACUUGAAAAUUAUUAUGAAAUUUUCUGUUUGUAACCUUAGUGGUAUUGUAUGCGGUUGUGAUUGUAUUUAAUGUUGACAUGUGUUUCCAAUUUUGUUCAGUGGUCCAAGUUGAUCUCUUGAGCCGGAUGACCUGUUCUGAUGUAAUUAAACUAUUAGCGUACAUAUAGUGGCAAGGGUUUUGUUUAGCAUGUACCAAAACAUAUGCUGUUAUUUCGGACAGAUUGAUUUCAAUUGUGUUAAGAUUCUGAGAGACAGCAUUUUUUGUUUCAGUUUGCAGGAGCUGAGACUGAACACCCUUUGCAGAUGCAACAGAUGUUGUCUGCCAAUAACAUUGUCACAUCUCCUCAAAUCUCUUUGUGUAUUCUGAAGUUCAUAUAACAAAUUUUCUAUAUUUAAAAAUGUUAAAUUUAAUCAAAGUAUAAUUGAAAAGUUGUAAGUUUUUCCUUACUUUAUAUUCCCUAUUAUAUUGUAUAGGGAAUCAUUGUACAGUCUGCAGAGAGAGACACUAUUCUCUCAAUUUUUUUUGUAAUCGUCUCCAUCUUGGGCUUGAGUUAAAUAUACCUUGGUAAAAUAGAGAUGCUUGCAUUGGACAAAGUUGCUAUUACUUUAAUAUUUUCAUCCAUUCACUUAUGGUGUGGAAUUGUCCAUCAUUCUAAAAACUCUUCCAAAAAAGAUGCUGUCUCUCUCUGGCUUGUGCAUAAUAGAAGAGCACUUUUCUCAGUUCUUCUGAGCAUGUCCCAAGAACUCAGUUUGUAUUGGUAUUUUCUUGGUUGAGGGCAUAUAUUUCUGUGAUGCACUGCUCCACGUGAGCAUGUUCAGUACAUUUUAAGAGAUAUUGGUAAAUAUUGAUGUAACUAUGAAAACAGACUGUAACAUAGUGUUUCUCUUGUUUUUACAGUAAGUCUUUGCUUAUUUGGAAACACUCAAAGUGCACAUUAUAGCUUUAAAUCAUACUUUGAAUUAUAACUCUCCAAGGUGGCUAUACUGUGAGGAAUUGUGCAGUGUAUAUUGCAAUUCUGGAGGCAUAUACUCUUUGAAUCUAACAACAUGUUUUCAAAUCUAUUCAGACUGAACCUUAAACAUAUUUAAGUGUAACUCUUACUGCAAGUUUGCAUUUCUGUUUCUACAGUAGUUAGACCAAACACUCAAAAUUGGCACUAACAAAUUGAUGCAGUGCUAUAUUCAUAGAUCAUUGAGUACAAUUUGGGUAUUAUUUGCAAGUUAAUAAAGCUCAUUCCUGUUGUUAAACCAUUAAACUAACCUUGCACUGAUUAGCUUUCCUCCUCUCUCUCCAACAACCUGUGUGACAACAUGGUGGAUAUUCAAUCACUUGGGCUGAAUGGAACUCUUCAAAAUUAGAGAGAGAAUAAAUCAUCAGUUUUUUUAAUGACCCAGUAAAUUGUCAAAGACUUUGAAUAUCAGCGUCCAGUGAAUAGACACCAUUAAAAUCGGGAUUACAGAAACUGAGCACGUUACUGAUCCAGGUUUUAUUCUUAUUAAUUUUGCUUAAUUCUCCUUGUACUUUUGUAAUGAAAAUUCUGAAUAGAUAAGGAUUUUUUAAUAGUGUUUCUGAGAUUCUUCACCAUUUUCCUCUGCUUCUGCUCCAUCCCCGUAAAAAUACAUCCAGUAAUUACAAAUAAAAAAAAAUGUUUCUGAUCUUGUUUUCUUUUUUAUUUUGUGCACUCAGGGUUUUUAGAUAUGACAAUAUUCUGAGUGAUGAAAGGAAAUAAUUGAGUGUACCCUUUAACAAUGUAAAUACUAUAUCCUUUCAUUUUUUAAUAACUCCAAUGUGUGUCUUGUAACCCAAGUGCUGGUUUGCAAAUAUGUGAAAAUGGCUGGCUGAAAGUAUAUUUUUUGCAUGUUACAACUGCUUUUUUUCUUCCCAGUGUUGACCUUUUUUGUAAAUAAGAUUCUUUUAAAACUGGGAAAUUUUCUGUACAUGAAAGGAAUUUCUGAGCUCUGGGACAAAAGGAAAAAACAAAGCACUGGUGACCCUUGACUUCUCCACGGUCAUAUGUUUCUCCUGAAUGCAGGAACAUUCGCCAUGAGCCAUUUUGUGUAUUCAAUGCAGUGAGAAAAUAAAACAACUUUUUUUCUGUA